GCGCUGCCCCGUGUCACCCGCUGCCGGAACACCCCGGCUCCCUCCCGGACCGCCGGCGGAAUCUCACCCAGCCAGGGAAGGCGCCCGUCCCCCACUUCGCCGCUUUCCGCCGCCAAUCGCCCGGGACAUCCUCCACACCGAGCCCGGACGCCGCCGCAGCCGCCGCCGCGCCAUGGCGAUCGCAAGGCAAGUGCUUUGUCUCUCUGCUUUCCUGGCGCUGCCGCUCGCUCGCGCCGAGCCCAUCCGCUACUCCGUAGCCGAGGAGGCGGAAAGCGGCUCCCUGGUCGGCAAGCUGGCGGAGGACGCGGGGCUGACGCCGCCGCAGCUCUCGGCUCGCCGCGCCCGCCUGCUCUCGGAGGACGGCCGGCAGCAUUUGCGCUUAGACCGCGGCUCCGGCCGCCUCCUCGUGGCGGGGAGGCUCGACCGGGAGGAGCUGUGCGCCCACUCGGCCACCUGCAUGCUCCCCUUCGAGCUGCUGCUCUCCGACCCCCUGCAGUUCUUUCGGGUCGAGGUAGUUAUAGAGGAUAUCAAUGACCAUUCGCCCCUUUUUCGUAAAGAACAAGUCACUUUUAAGAUUCCGGAGACGAGCGAGCCAGGCUCACGUUUCCCACUGGAGGUGGCUCGGGAUCUCGAUAUUGGCAGUAAUAGCAUCCAGGCGUACAGAAUCUCUCCAGAGAAUGAGGACUUUAGUGUGUCCUAUGGCAGUCGGAGUGAGGAUGAUAAAUAUCUUGAACUCGUCUUGGAAAAGCCGCUAGAUAGAGAGGAACAGGCAGAGAUGAGUUUCAGUGUCAUCGCUGAAGAUGGGGGCUCUCCUCCAAGAAGUGGCACCACCCAAGUGAAAAUUGUCAUUCUAGAUGUAAACGACAAUGCUCCUAUGUUCACACAGCAGGUGUAUAUCGGAAAGGUUCUGGAGAACAUGCCAGAAGGUUCUGUGAUUCUGACUGUGAUGGCAACUGAUCAGGAUGCUGGAAUUCAUGGGGAUAUCACCUAUGAACUAAGUGAAGCAGGAGGACAGAGGGAGUCAGCAUUUGUGAUUGAUCCAAGAACUGGCGAAAUUAAACUCACAAAACCCCUGGACUUCGAGGAGGAAGAAAAUCACAGGCUCAGUGUGACAGCCACAGAUGGUGGAGGGCUCUCAGCAAUAUGCAAAGUGCUGGUGGAGGUGGUGGAU